AUGGUGGCUGGCAUGCUCAUGCCGCGGGACCAGCUGCGAGCCAUCUACGAGGUGCUCUUCCGUGAGGGUGUGAUGGUGGCCAAGAAGGACCGGAGACCCCGCAGCCUGCACCCCCACGUGCCCGGUGUCACCAACCUGCAGGUCAUGUGUGCCAUGGCCUCCCUCCGAUCACGGGGCCUAGUCCGCGAGACCUUUGCCUGGCGCCACUUUUACUGGUACCUCACCAAUGAAGGCAUCGCCCACCUGCGCCAGUACCUGCACCUGCCACCGGAGAUUGUGCCUGCCUCUCUGCAGCGCGUGCGCCGCCCUGUCGCCAUGGUGAUGCCUGCGCGCCGCACCCCCCAUGUGCAGGCUGUGCAGGGUCCCUUGGGCUCUCCACCCAAGCGGGGGCCACCACUGGCUGACAACUCCACCCGUGAGGAGCAGCGGGUCUACCGCCGGAAGGAGGAGGGGGCACCUGAGAUCCCUCUGGUGCCUGCCACCACCCUGGGGACCCUGGCCAGGCCAGGCCCGGAACCCACCCCAGUCACAGAUGAGCGGGACCGUGUGCAGAAGAAAACCUUCACCAAGUGGGUCAACAAGCACCUCAUCAAGGCUCAGAGACACAUCAGUGAUCUGUAUGAAGACCUCCGUGAUGGCCACAACCUCAUCUCCCUGUUGGAGGUCCUCUCAGGGGACAGCCUGCCCCGGGAGAAGGGGAGGAUGCGCUUCCACAAGCUGCAGAAUGUCCAGAUUGCCCUGGACUACCUCCGGCACCGCCAGGUGAAGUUGGUGAACAUCAGGAAUGAUGACAUCGCUGAUGGCAACCCCAAGCUUACCCUCGGCCUGAUCUGGACAAUCAUUCUGCACUUCCAGAUCUCAGACAUCCAGGUGAGCGGGCAAUCAGAGGACAUGACUGCCAAGGAGAAGCUGCUGCUGUGGUCCCAGCGCAUGGUGGAAGGCUAUCAGGGCCUGCGCUGUGACAACUUCACCUCCAGCUGGCGUGACGGCCGCCUCUUCAAUGCCAUCAUCCAUCGGCACAAGCCCAUCCUCAUCGACAUGAACAAGGUGUAUCGUCAGACCAACCUGGAGAACUUGGAUCAGGCCUUCUCUGUGGCAGAACGGGACCUGGGAGUGACUCGGCUCCUGGACCCAGAGGAUGUGGACGUCCCUCAGCCCGACGAGAAGUCCAUCAUCACCUAUGUUUCGUCCCUGUAUGAUGCCAUGCCUCGUGUGCCAGAUGUGCAGGAUGGGGUGAGGGCCAAUGAGCUGCAACUUCGCUGGCAGGAAUACCGUGAACUGGUGCUGCUGUUGCUGCAGUGGAUCCGGCACCACACCGCUGCCUUUGAGGAGCGCAAGUUCCCCUCCAGCUUUGAGGAGAUUGAGAUCCUUUGGUGCCAGUUUUUAAAGUUUAAGGAGACAGAGCUUCCAGCCAAGGAGGCAGACAAGAACCGGUCCAAGGGCAUCUACCAGUCCCUAGAGGCGGCGGUGCAAGCAGGCCAGCUCAAGGUACCUCCUGGCUAUCACCCGCUGGAUGUUGAGAAGGAGUGGGGCAAGUUGCACGUGGCCAUCCUGGAGCGGGAGAAACAGCUUCGGAGCGAAUUUGAGAGGCUGGAGUGUCUUCAGCGCAUAGUGAGCAAGUUGCAGAUGGAGGCGGGGCUGUGUGAGGAGCAGCUGAACCAGGCCGACGCCCUGCUGCAGUCGGAUAUCCGGCUGCUGGCUGCAGGCAAAGUACCACAGCGAGCUGGGGAGGUGGAGCGGGACCUGGAUAAGGCAGAUGAUAUGAUCCGGUUGCUGUUCAAUGAUGUGCAGACCCUCAAGGAUGGACGGCAUCCACAGGGCGAGCAGAUGUAUCGCAGGGUGUACCGUUUACAUGAGCGCCUGGUAGCCAUUCGCACCGAGUACAACCUCCGGCUGAAGGCAGGUGUCGCAGCCCCUGUAACCCAGGUGACUCAGGUUACGCUGCAGAGCAUGCAGAGGCGCCCUGAGCUUGAGGAUUCCACACUGCGCUACCUGCAAGACCUACUGGCCUGGGUGGAGGAGAACCAACGCCGAGUGGAUGGUGCUGAGUGGGGCGUGGACCUGCCCAGUGUGGAGGCACAGCUGGGUAGCCACCGAGGCCUGCACCAGUCCAUUGAGGAAUUCCGGGCCAAGAUUGAGCGGGCACGGAGCGAUGAGAGCCAGCUCUCCCCUGCCAUCCGGGGUGCCUACCGUGACUGCCUGGGUCGUCUGGACAUACAGUAUGCCAAGCUGCUGAACUCCUCCAAGGCUCGCCUCAGGUUCCUGGAGAGCCUGCACGGCUUUGUGGCAGCUGCCACCAAAGAGCUAAUGUGGCUGAACGAGAAGGAGGAGGAGGAGGUGGGCUUUGACUGGAGUGACCGCAAUGCCAACAUGGCCGCCAAGAAGGAGAGCUACUCGGCCCUGAUGCGUGAGCUAGAGCUGAAGGAAAAGAAAAUCAAGGAGAUCCAGAACACUGGAGACCGGCUGCUACGGGAGGACCACCCUGCUCGACCCACAGUGGAGUCCUUCCAGGCUGCCCUGCAAACCCAGUGGAGCUGGAUGCUACAGCUGUGCUGCUGCAUUGAGGCACACCUGAAGGAGAACACCGCCUAUUUCCAGUUCUUCUCAGAUGUUCGGGAGGCUGAGGAACAGUUACAGAAGCUGCAGGAGACACUGCGCAGGAAGUAUAGCUGCGACCGCUCUAUCACUGUCACCCGACUUGAGGACCUGCUGCAGGAUGCUCAGGAUGAGAAGGAGCAGCUGAACGAAUACAAGGGCCACCUCUCGGGCCUGGCGAAGCGGGCCAAGGCCGUUGUGCAGCUGAAGCCCCGCAACCCAGCCCACCCUGUGCGAGGCCAUGUGCCCCUGCUGGCCGUGUGUGACUAUAAGCAAGUGGAGGUGACCAUGCACAAAGGUGAUGAAUGCCAGCUCAUGGGCCCUGCACAGCCGUCCCACUGGAAGGUGCUCAGCAGCUCUGGCAGUGAGGCUGCUGUGCCCUCUGUGUGCUUCCUUGUACCCCCACCCAACCAGGAGGCCCAGGAGGCCAUCACCAGACUGGAGGCCCAGCACCAGGCCCUGGUUGCACUGUGGCAUCAGCUGCAUGUGGACAUGAAGAGCCUUCUGGCGUGGCAGAGUCUCAGCCGCGAUGUGCAGCUCAUCCGCUCCUGGUCCCUGGUCACGUUCCGCACGUUGAAGCCAGAGGAGCAGCGCCAAGCUUUGCGUAGCCUGGAGCUGCACUAUCAGGCCUUUCUGCGGGACAGCCAGGACGCUGGUGGCUUCGGGCCCGAGGACCGACUGACAGCUGAGCGCGAGUACAGCUCUUGCAGCCGACACUACCAGCAGCUGCUGCAGAGCCUGGAGCAGGGCGAGCAGGAGGAAUCUCGCUGUCAACACUGCAUCUCAGAGCUCAAAGACAUCCGGCUGCAGCUAGAGGCUUGUGAGACUCGCACCGUGCACCGACUUCGGCUACCACUAGACAAAGAGCCAGCACGGGAGUGUGCCCAGCGCAUCGCUGAGCAGCAGAAGGCACAGGCGGAAGUUGAGGGACUGGGCAAGGGGGUUGCCCGGCUCUCUUCUGAGGCCGAGAAGAUCCUGGCCCUACCUGAGCCAUCGCCUGCUGCCCCUACUCUGCGCUCAGAGCUGGAGCUGACACUUGGCAAGCUGGAACAGGUUCGCAGCCUGUCUGCCAUCUAUCUGGAGAAGCUCAAGACCAUCAGCCUGGUGAUCCGCAGCACACAGGGGGCUGAGGAGGUGCUCAAGGCCCAUGAGGAGCAGCUCAAAGAGGCCCAGGCUGUACCUGCCACCCUCCCAGAGCUUGAGGCCACAAAGGCCUCACUGAAGAAGCUGAGGGCCCAGGCAGAGGCACAGCAGCCUGUGUUUGAUGCCAUGCGGGAUGAGCUGCGUGGAGCACAGGAGGUAGGCGAGCGGCUACAGCAGCGGCAUGGUGAGCGGGACGUGGAGGUGGAUCGCUGGCGGGAACGGGUCACCCAGCUGUUAGAGCGCUGGCAAGCUGUACUGGCCCAGACCGAUGUGCGACAACGUGAGCUUGAGCAGCUGGGCCGCCAGCUGCGCUACUACCGUGAGAGUGCAGACCCACUGAGUGCCUGGCUGCAGGAUGCCAGGCAGCGGCAGGAGCAGAUCCAGGCCAUGCCCUUGGCCGACAGCCGGGCUGUGCGGGAGCAGCUGCAGCAGGAGAAGGCCCUGCUGGAGGAGAUUGAACGCCAUGGCGAGAAGGUUGAGGAGUGCCAGAAGUUUGCAAAGCAGUACAUCAAUGCCAUCAAGGACUACGAGCUCCAGCUGGUCACAUACAAGGCGCAGCUUGAGCCGGUGGCUUCCCCAGCCAAGAAGCCCAAGGUCCAGUCUGGGUCGGAGAGCAUCAUUCAGGAGUACGUGGACCUCCGCACACGCUACAGUGAGCUGACCACACUCACAAGCCAGUACAUCAAGUUCAUCACCGAGACUUUGCGGCGCAUGGAGGAGGAGGAGAGGCUGGCCGCGCAGCAACGGGCAGAGGAGCGGGAGCGGCUAGCCGAGGUGGAGGCUGCACUGGAGAAGCAGCGGCAGCUGGCUGAGGCACAUGCCCAGGCCAAGGCACAGGCGGAGCAGGAGGCACAGGAGCUUCAGCGGCGCAUGCAGGAAGAGGUGGUGCGGCGGGAGGAGGCAGCAGUGGAUGCACAGCAGCAGAAGCGCAGCAUCCAGGAGGAGCUGCAGCAUCUUCGGCAGAGCUCAGAGGCGGAGAUCCAGGCCAAAGCCCGGCAGGCAGAGGCAGCUGAGCGUAGCCGGCUGCGCAUUGAGGAGGAGAUUCGUGUGGUGCGCCUACAGCUGGAGACAACUGAACGCCAGCGUGGUGGGGCCGAGGGGGAGCUGCAGGCACUGCGUGCACGGGCGGAGGAGGCCGAGACACAGAAGCGGCAGGCUCAGGAGGAGGCCGAGCGCUUGCGGAGGCAGGUGCAGGACGAGAGCCAGCGCAAGCGGCAGGCAGAGGCGGAGUUGGCCCUGCGUGUGAAGGCUGAGGCUGAGGCAGCACGUGAGAAGCAACGGGCCUUGCAGGCACUGGAGGAGCUGCGGCUGCAGGCAGAGGAAGCAGAACGGCAGUUGCGGCAGGCCGAGGCAGAGCGAGCACGCCAGGUGCAGGUGGCCCUGGAGACGGCUCAACGCAGUGCAGAGGUAGAGCUGCAGAGCAAGCGUGCCUCCUUUGCGGAGAAGACGGCGCAGCUUGAGCGCUCUCUGCAGGAGGAGCACGUGGCCGUGGCACAGCUGCGGGAGGAGGCUGAGCGGAGGGCGCAGCAGCAGGCAGAGGCUGAGCGUGCCCGUGAGGAGGCAGAGAGAGAGCUGGAGCGCUGGCAGCUGAAGGCCAAUGAGGCUCUGCGGCUGCGGCUGCAGGCAGAGGAGGGGGCACAGCAGAAGACUCUGGCACAGUCCGAGGCUGAGAAGCAGAAGGAGGAGGCAGAGCGUGAGGCGCGGCGCCGCGGCAAGGCGGAGGAGCAGGCUGUGCGGCAGCGGGAGCUGGCGGAGCAGGAGUUGGAGAAGCAGCGGCAGCUGGCGGAAGGCACCGCACAGCAACGCCUGGCUGCGGAGCAGGAGCUGAUCCGGCUGCGGGCCGAGACGGAGCAGGGGGAGCAGCAGCGGCAGCUGCUGGAGGAAGAGCUGGCCCGGCUACAGCGUGAGGCAGCUGCAGCCUUACAGAAGCGCCAGGAACUGGAGGCUGAGCUGGCCAAGGUGCGGGCUGAGAUGGAGGUGCUGCUGGCCAGCAAGGCCCGGGCUGAGGAGGAGUCACGCUCCACCAGCGAGAAGUCCAAGCAGAGGCUGGAGGCUGAGGCUGGCCGGUUCCGCGAGCUAGCUGAGGAGGCUGCCCGCCUACGUGCCCUGGCAGAGGAGGCCAAGCGGCAGCGGCAGCUAGCUGAGGAGGAUGCAGCACGGCAGCGGGCUGAGGCAGAGCGGGUGCUUGCUGAGAAGCUGGCUGCCAUCAGUGAGGCCACACGGCUAAAGACAGAGGCAGAGAUUGCACUCAAGGAGAAGGAGGCCGAGAAUGAGCGCCUGCGUCGGUUGGCAGAAGACGAGGCCUUCCAGCGGCGGCGGCUGGAGGAGCAGGCAGCACAGCACAAGGCCGACAUCGAGGAGCGCCUGGCCCAGCUACGCAAGGCUUCAGAGAGUGAACUGGAGCGGCAGAAGGGGCUGGUGGAGGACACAGUACGGCAGCGGCGGCAGGUGGAAGAGGAGAUUCUUGCACUGAAGGUGAGCUUCGAGAAGGCAGCUGCCGGCAAGACAGAGCUGGAGCUGGAGCUAGGGCGCAUCCGUAGCAAUGCCGAGGACACACUGCGCAGCAAGGAGCAGGCAGAACUAGAGGCCGCACGGCAGCGGCAGCUGGCUGCGGAAGAGGAGCAGCGGCGUCGCGAGGCCGAGGAGCGUGUGCAAAAGAGCCUGGCGGCCGAGGAGGAGGCUGCACGGCAGCGUAAGGCUGCGCUGGAGGAAGUCGAGCGGCUCAAAGCCAAAGUAGAGGAGGCGCGGCGUCUGCGCGAGCGAGCAGAGCAGGAGUCGGCACGGCAACUGCAGCUGGCCCAGGAGGCUGCCCAGAAGCGGCUGCAGGCAGAGGAGAAAGCACAUGCCUUCGCGGUGCAGCAGAAGGAGCAAGAACUGCAGCAGACACUGCAGCAGGAACAGAGCAUGCUGGAACGACUGCGCAGCGAGGCAGAGGCAGCACGGAGAGCAGCUGAAGAGGCAGAGGAGGCACGGGCACAGGCUGAGCGUGAGGCCACGCAGUCCCGGCGGCAGGUAGAAGAGGCCGAGCGACUGAAGCAGUUAGCAGAGGAGCAGGCACAGGCCCGGGCACAGGCCCAGGCUGAUGCAGAAAAGCUGCGUAAGGAGGCCGAGCAGGAGGCAGCACGGCGAGCACAGGCCGAGCAGGCGGCCUUGCGGCAGAAGCAAGCCGCUGACGCGGAGAUGGAGAAGCACAAGAAGUUUGCUGAGCAGACACUGCGGCAGAAGGCACAGGUGGAGCAGGAGCUGACAACACUGAGGCUGAAGCUGGAGGAGACUGACCACCAGAAGAGCUUGCUGGAUGAGGAGCUGCAGCGGCUGAAGGCAGAGGCAACAGAGGCCGCCCGCCAGCGCAACCAGGUAGAGGAGGAGCUCUUCUCAGUGCGCGUGCAGAUGGAGGAGCUGGGCAAGCUCAAGGCGCGCAUCGAGGCUGAGAACCGCGCACUCAUCCUGCGUGACAAAGACAACACACAGCGCUUCCUGCAGGAGGAGGCUGAGAAGAUGAAGCAAGUAGCAGAGGAGGCUGCACGGUUGAGCGUGGCUUCCCAGGAGGCUGCGCGGCUGCGGCAGCUGGCAGAGGAGGACCUGGCACAGCAGCGGGCCCUGGCAGAGAAGAUGCUCAAGGAGAAGAUGCAGGCGGUGCAGGAGGCCACACGGCUCAAGGCCGAGGCAGAGCUGCUGCAGCAGCAAAAGGAGCUUGCACAAGAGCAGGCACGCCGGCUGCAGGAAGACAAGGAGCAGAUGGCGCAACAGCUGGCACAGGAGACACAGGGCUUCCAGCGGACUCUAGAGGCAGAGCGGCAGCGGCAGCUGGAGAUGAGUGCCGAGGCCGAGCGCCUCAAGUUGCGGAUGGCUGAGAUGAGCCGGGCUCAGGCCCGUGCUGAGGAGGACGCCCAGCGCUUCCGGAAGCAGGCAGAAGAGAUUGGUGAGAAGCUGCACCGCACAGAGCUCGCCACCCAGGAGAAGGUGACACUGGUGCAGACACUGGAGAUCCAGCGGCAGCAGAGUGACCAUGAUGCUGAGCGCCUGCGGGAGGCCAUUGCUGAGCUGGCGCGCGAGAAGGAGAAGCUCCAGCAGGAGGCCAAACUGCUGCAGCUCAAGUCCGAGGAGAUGCAGACGGUGCAGCAGGAGCAGCUGUUGCAGGAGACACAGGCUCUGCAGCAGAGCUUCCUCUCUGAGAAGGACAGCUUGCUACAGCGGGAACGCUUCAUCGAGCAAGAGAAGGCCAAACUGGAGCAGCUCUUCCAGGAUGAGGUGGCCAAGGCACAGCAGCUGCGUGAGGAACAGCAGCGACAGCAGCAGCAGAUGGAGCAUGAGCGGCAGCAGCUGGUGGCCAGCAUGGAGGAGGCACGGCGGCGGCAGCGUGAGGCAGAGGAGGGUGUGCGGCUCAAGCAGGAGGAGCUGCAGCGGUUGGAACAACAGCGGCGGCAGCAGGAGGAGCUGUUGGCGGAGGAGAACCAGAGGCUGCGUGAACGAUUGCAGCGCCUGGAGGAGGAGCACCGGGCUGCACUUGCACACUCUGAGGAGGUUGCUGCCUCGCAGGCGGCUGCCACAAAAACCCUGCCCAAUGGCCGGGAGGUGCCCGAUGGCCCAGGCAUGGAAGUAGAGUCUGAGCACAGCUUCGAUGGCCUGCGGCGGAAGGUGCCAGCCCAGCGGCUACAGGAAGCGGGCAUCCUAAGCACAGAGGAGUUGCAGCGACUGGCACAGGGUCAUACCACGGUGGCCGAGCUCGCACGGAGGGAGGACGUGCGCCAAUACCUGCAGGGCCGCAGCUGUAUUGCAGGGCUGCUGCUGAAGCCAACCAAUGAGAAGCUGAGUGUCUACACAGCCCUGCAGAGGCAACUGCUAAGCCCUGGCACAGCACUCAUCCUGCUGGAGGCCCAGGCAGCCUCGGGCUUCCUGCUGGACCCUGUGCGGAACCGGCGGCUGACCGUCAAUGAGGCCGUGAAGGAGGGUGUGGUGGGCCCUGAGCUGCACCACAAGCUUCUGUCAGCUGAGCGUGCUGUCACAGGCUACAAAGACCCCUACACCGGAGAGCAGAUCUCCCUCUUUCAGGCCAUGCAGAAGGACCUCAUUGUCCGGGACCACGGCAUCCGACUCCUGGAGGCCCAGAUUGCCACGGGCGGCAUCAUUGACCCCGUGCACAGCCACCGUGUGCCUGUGGAUGUGGCCUACAAGCGUGGCUACUUUGACGAGGAGAUGAACCGCAUCCUGGCUGACCCAAGUGAUGACACCAAGGGCUUUUUUGACCCCAACACGCAUGAGAACCUCACCUACCUACAGCUGCUGGAGCGCUGUGUGGAAGACCCUGAGACAGGCCUGUCCCUCUUGCCACUCACAGAUAAGGCCGCCAGGGGUGGGGAGCUGGUCUAUACUGAUUCAGAGGCCCGGGAUGUGUUUGAGAAGGCUACCGUGUCUGCACCAUUUGGCAAGUUCCAGGGCAAGACAGUGACCAUCUGGGAGAUAAUCAACUCAGAAUACUUCUCGGCAGAGCAACGGCGGGACCUGCUGCGGCAGUUCCGCACAGGCCGGAUCACGGUGGAGAAGAUCAUCAAGAUCAUUAUCACGGUGGUGGAGGAGCAGGAGCAGAAGGGUCAACUCUGCUUUGAGGGCCUGCGCAGCCUGGUGCCUGCCACCGAGCUUCUGGAGAGUAAGGUCAUUGACCGUGACCUUUACCACCAACUGCAGCGGGGUGAGCGUUCUGUGCGAGAGGUAGCUGAAGCCGACACUGUGCGGCGGGCCCUACGGGGUGCCAAUGUCAUCGCAGGUGUGUGGCUGGAGGAGGCAGGGCAAAAGCUAAGCAUCUAUGAGGCCCUGAAAAAAGACCUACUGCAGCCUGAUGUGGCCGUGGCCCUGCUGGAAGCCCAGGCUGGCACUGGGCACAUCAUCGACCCUUCUACCAGUGCUCGGCUGACUGUGGAUGAGGCAGUGCGUGCUGGCUUGGUGGGCCCUGAGCUGCAUGAGAAACUUCUGUCGGCUGAGAAGGCUGUGACAGGCUAUAGGGACCCCUACACCGGGCAGAGUGUCUCCCUGUUCCAGGCCCUGAAGAAGGGCCUCAUACCCCGGGAACAGGGCCUGCGCCUGCUCGAUGCCCAGCUGUCCACGGGCGGCAUCGUGGACCCCAGCAAGAGCCACCGUGUGCCCCUGGAUGUGGCCUAUGCCCGAGGCCACUUGGACAAGGAGACCAACAGGGCCCUGUCGACACCCAGGGAUGAUGCCAAGGCCUACUGCGACCCCACCACUCGGGAGCCGGUCACCUAUGGCCAACUCCAACAGCAAUGCCGGCUUGACCAGCUCACAGGACUGAACCUGCUGCCACUUUCUGAGAAGGCUGCCCGGGCCCGACAGGAGGAGCUCUACUCUGAGCUGCAGGCCCGCGAGACCUUUGAGAAGACCACAGUCGAUGUCCCCGUGGGUGGUUUCCAGGGCAGGACAUUGACAGUGUGGGAGCUUAUCAGCUCUGAUUACUUCACAAUGGAACAGCGGCAGGAGCUGCUGAGGCAGUUCCGCACAGGCAAAGUCACCGUGGAGAAGGUCAUCAAGAUCCUUAUCACCAUCGUGGAGGAGGUGGAGACUCUGCGGCAGGAAAAGCUGUCCUUCAGCGGCCUCCGCAACCCUGUGCCAGCAAGUGAGCUCCUGGCCUCCAAGGUGCUCAGCCAAGCCCAGUUCGAGCAGCUCAGGGAUGGCAAGACCACAGUCAAGGACCUGUCAGAACUGAAGUCUGUGCGGACACUGUUGCAGGGCAGCGGCUGCCUCGCUGGCAUCUACCUGGAGGAUGCCAAGGAGAAGGUGACCAUCUAUGAGGCCAUGCGCCGGGGCUUGCUUAGACCCAGCACGGCCACACUUCUGCUUGAGGCACAGGCAGCCACUGGCUUCCUGGUGGACCCUGUGCGGAACCAGCGCCUGUAUGUCCAUGAGGCUGUGAAAGCGGGUGUUGUGGGCCCCGAGCUGCAUGAGAAGCUGCUAUCGGCUGAGAAGGCUGUGACUGGCUACAAGGACCCCUACUCAGGCACCACCAUCUCCCUCUUCCAGGCCAUGAAGAAGGGCCUGGUCCUCAGGGAGCACGGUAUCCGCCUGCUGGAGGCCCAGAUUGCCACAGGUGGUAUCAUUGACCCUGUGCACAGCCACCGCCUGCCCGUGGACGUGGCCUACCAACGUGGCUACUUUGACAAGGAAAUGAACCACACUCUGGCUGACCCGAGCGAUGACACCAAGGGCUUCUUUGACCCUAACACGCACGAGAACCUCACCUACCUGCAGCUGUUGGAACGAUGCGUGGAGGACCCUGAGACGGGCCUGCGCCUCCUGCCACUAAAAGGGGCAGAGAAGGCAGAGGUGGUAGAAACCACACAGGUAUACACCGAGGAGGAGACCCGGAGGGCAUUUGAGGAGACACAGAUCGAUAUCCCUGGUGGUGGUAGCCAUGGCAGCUCCACCAUGUCCUUGUGGGAAGUGAUGCAGUCAGAUCUGAUCCCUGAGGAGCAGCGGACCCAGCUAAUGGCUGACUUCCAGGCUGGCCGGGUGACUAAGGAGCGCAUGAUCAUCAUCAUCAUCGAGAUCAUCGAGAAGACUGAGAUCAUCCGCCAGCAAAACUUGACCUCUUAUGACUACGUGCGCCGCCGCCUCACAGCUGAGGACCUGUACGAGGCUCGGAUCAUCUCCCUCGAGACCUUCAACCUGCUCCGGGAGGGCACCAAGAGCCUCCGUGAGGUCCUCGAGGUGGAGUCGGCCUGGCGCUACCUCUAUGGCACAGGCUGUGUGGCUGGCAUCUAUCUGCCUGGCUCCAAGCAGACACUGACCAUCUACCAGGCCCUCAAGAAGGGACUGCUGAGUGCUGAGGUGGCUCGCUUGUUGCUGGAGGCACAGGCGGCCACAGGCUUUCUGCUGGACCCAGUGAAGGGCGAGCGGUUGACUGUGGACGAGGCUGUGCGGAAGGGCCUUGUGGGCCCUGAACUGCAUGACCGGCUGCUCUCAGCAGAGCGGGCAGUUACUGGCUACCGUGACCCCUACACCGAGCAGACUAUCUCGCUCUUCCAAGCCAUGAAGAAAGAGCUGAUCCCUGCCGAAGAGGCCCUGCGACUGCUGGAUGCCCAACUGGCCACCGGUGGCAUUGUGGACCCCCGCCUAGGCUUCCACCUCCCACUGGAGGUGGCUUACCAACGUGGCUACCUCAGCAAGGACACACAUGACCAGCUGUCAGAGCCCAGUGAGGUGCGCAGCUACGUGGACCCGUCCACUGACGAGCGCCUCAGCUACACGCAGCUGCUCAAACGAUGCCGCCGUGAUGAAAACAGCGGCCAGCUUCUCCUGCCACUCUCAGACACCCGCAAGCUGACCUUCCGUGGCCUGCGUAAGCAGAUCACCGUAGAGGAGUUGGUGCGCUCCCAGGUCAUGGAUGAGGCCACAGCGCUGCAGCUGCAGGAGGGCCUGACCUCCAUCGAGGAGGUCACCAAGAACCUGCAGAAGUUCCUUGAGGGUACUAGCUGCAUUGCUGGUGUCUUUGUUGAUGUCACCAAGGAGCGACUGUCGGUGUACCAGGCCAUGAAGAAGGGCAUCAUCCGCCCUGGCACAGCCUUUGAGCUCCUGGAGGCACAGGCAGCCACUGGCUACGUCAUUGACCCCAUCAAAGGACUCAAGCUGACCGUGGAGGAAGCCGUGCGUAUGGGCAUUGUGGGCCCUGAGUUCAAGGACAAGCUGCUGUCAGCUGAGCGCGCUGUCACUGGCUACAAGGACCCCUAUUCUGGAAAGCUCAUCUCCCUCUUUCAGGCCAUGAAGAAGGGCUUGAUUCUGAAGGACCAUGGCAUCCGCCUGCUGGAGGCCCAGAUCGCCACGGGUGGCAUCAUCGACCCUGAGGAGAGCCACCGACUACCUGUGGAGGUGGCAUACAAGCGUGGCCUCUUUGAUGAGGAGAUGAAUGAGAUUCUGACCGACCCCUCGGAUGACACCAAGGGCUUCUUCGACCCCAACACAGAGGAGAACCUCACCUACUUGCAGCUGAUGGAGCGUUGCAUCACUGACCCCCAGACAGGCCUGUGCCUCCUGCCACUGAAGGAGAAGAAGCGAGAGCGGAAGACAUCCUCCAAGUCCUCAGUACGCAAGCGCCGUGUGGUCAUUGUGGACCCAGAGACAGGCAAGGAGAUGUCAGUGUAUGAGGCCUACCGCAAGGGCCUCAUUGACCACCAGACCUAUCUGGAACUGUCCGAGCAGGAGUGCGAAUGGGAAGAGAUCACUAUCUCCUCCUCAGACGGUGUGGUAAAGUCCAUGAUCAUCGACCGCCGCUCUGGCCGCCAGUACGACAUUGAUGAUGCAAUCAGCAAGAACCUCAUUGACCGCUCUGCCCUGGACCAGUAUCGUGCAGGCACACUCUCCAUCACUGAGUUUGCUGACAUGCUCUCAGGCAAUGCUGGCGGCUUCCGCUCCCGCUCCUCCUCGGUGGGCUCCUCUUCCUCCUACCCCAUCAGCCCUGCCGUCUCCAGGACCCCCCUGACCUCCUGGUCUGACCCCACUGAAGAGACAGGCCCUGUGGCUGGCAUCCUGGACACAGAGACGCUGGAGAAGGUGUCCAUCACGGAGGCCAUGCACCGCAAUCUGGUGGACAACAUCACUGGGCAGCGGCUGCUGGAGGCGCAGGCCUGCACUGGGGGCAUCAUCGACCCCAACACCGGCGAGCGCUUCCCUGUCACCGAGGCUGUCAACAAGGGCCUGGUAGACAGGAUCAUGGUGGACCGCAUCAACUUGGCCCAGAAGGCCUUCUGUGGCUUUGAGGAUCCACGCACUAAGACCAAGAUGUCAGCUGCCCAGGCCCUGAAGAAGGGCUGGCUGUACUAUGAGGCAGGUCAGCGCUUCCUGGAGGUGCAGUACCUGACAGGUGGACUGAUCGAGCCCGACAUGCCAGGCCGCGUUCCCCUCGACGAGGCCUUGCAGCGUGGUACAGUGGAUGCCCGCACUGCCCAGAAGUUGCGUGAUGUGGGGGCCUACUCCAAGUACCUCACCUGCCCCAAGACCAAGCUCAAGAUCUCCUACAAAGACGCACUGGACCGCAGCAUGGUGGAGGAGGGCACAGGGCUGCGGCUGCUGGAGGCUGCUGCCCAAUCCAGCAAGGGCUACUAUAGCCCCUAUAGUGUCAGUGGCUCUGGCUCCACUGCCGGCUCACGCACUGGCUCACGCACCGGCUCCCGGGCCGGCUCCCGUCGUGGCAGCUUUGAUGCCACUGGCUCCGGCUUCUCCAUGACCUUCUCUUCCUCCUCCUACUCCUCCUCUGGCUAUGGCCGCCGUUAUGCCUCAGGGCCCUCAGCCUCCUUGGGGGGUCCUGAGUCUGCUGUGGCCUGAGCCCUGCCUGUGCUCCCUGCCCCUACUCUGCAUGUGGCCAGGCUCCCACCGAGGCGCUGGGGUCCUACUUCAGUGUUUAAAGGUGUCUUCCUCCCAAGCGGUGCCUAAAGUUUAACCAAAAAGACCAGACUAAUAUAUUAAUAUAUAUCUGCUGUCCAGACAGCCUGUAUCUUGGGGGAUGGGGCUGGCCCAGCCCUGCUGACCACUUCAUCCCCCUCGGGUCUCCCCACUCCCUUCUACCUGCCACUCACCACAGCCAGGUGCCUUGGAGAGUCCAGAGCUGGACCCCAGCCCACCUCUCCUGUCUCCCCAGGGAGGGUUCUCUCUGGGCGAGGCCCCCUGCCCCGUGUGCCAGCCCCACUGGUUACUCCCCACCAGGUCUAGCUGCUGAGGCAGCUGGGCUCAGUCCCAUCAUUAGAGGGCCCUCAGCCCUCUCGGGGCUUUGACCCCUGGGCCAGCAUUUUCUCUCCAGUUUGUUUCCAGGACUGGCCUGCUUACUCAGUGGGCCUGACUGGGGAGGGAGGGAGGGAG